AUGUCUGAUAAUAAGAAAGUUGUGUAUUCUGUUAUAAAAUUUUUAAAAGACGAGUUAACUUCUUUGAGCCCGGAAGCUUGCGAGAGUAUAGAAGUUGCAAUUCAGUGUUUAGAAAAUGCUUACGAGAUUCAUAAUGAAGAUCCAUCUUUGGACGUAGGAAUUCCUCUGACUCAAAUGUUUGCCAGUCAUUCGGUUCCAACACCACCUUCAAAAGUUGCUACUUCAGCUGAAAAAGAAGAAGCCGAAAAUUUAAAAACUGAAGGAAAUAAUCUAGUUAAAGCGGAAAAAUUUGAAGAAGCUAUACAAUGCUACACUAGAGCCAUUGAGCUAGAUCCAAAUAAUCCCGUUUAUUAUUGUAAUAGAGCGGCUGCAUACAGUAGGUUAAAUAAUCAUCAAGCUACAAUAGAUGAUUGCAAAGCUGCAUUAAAAAUUGAACCCACCUACAGCAAAGCUUAUGGUAGAUUAGGUUUUGCUUAUUCAAGUCUCAACAUGUUUCAAGAAGCAAAACAAAGCUAUAAGAAAGCUUUAGAGUUAGAACCAGGAAAUCAAAAUUAUAUAAAUAAUCUUGAGUUGAAUGAAGGGCUUAGAAAUAUGUCUGAAGGAUCAGUUAAUGGAGGAGUUAAUCGAGUUCCUAAUUUACAAAACUUUAACUUAAAUGCUUUUUUUAGAAAUCCAUCGAUAAUGUCAUUUGCUUCUCAGAUGAUGUCCGAUCCUGCAGUUCAAAAUAUGAUGAGCUCUGCUAUGUUAGAAAAUUGGAAUGGAAAUGGUAAUGAAAUGGAGGCACUUUUGCAAGUCGGUCACAGAGUUGCAGAACACGUUCAAAAUACUAAUCCGGAAUUGUUGGAACAGCUACUCCAGCAAAUGAAUAGUGCAGCAUCUAAUCCUGUCAAUUCCGAACCUAAACCUAAUUAG